GAGAUGUUAGCAAGGAACAAAGCUACUGUCAAGGAGGUGAUCCGUGCGGUCUUUGUUCAACAUGUCUUACAGACCUUACUUGGUUUAGUAUGGUUGGAAGAUGAAGCGACGGUGUUGAAGAGAGAGUUUUAUAGAGAUCAUCUAGGUGAUAUGACGGGAUUGGCACCGAAAGUCGCGACAUCUGUUUUGGUGUUAUUGGGGAAAAGAACGGGAGGGAAAAUAUUGGAGGAUCAUGGAGAAGCUUUGGUUAGAUGGGUGUAUUGGUGGGGUAUACCAUCCGCUCAGAUCUUCUUGGGAUUCGUCGUCAUCGACACCUAUCAAUACUUCAUGCACCGACUCUUCCACACUUAUCACUUUCUCUACCGACAUAUUCACUCAGUCCAUCAUCGUCUUUACUGCCCUUACGCCUUCGGUGCGCUGUACAACCAUCCCCUCGAAGGAGUUCUCUUCGACACGCUCUCAGCGGCUAUCGCUCAUUCCCUCCUCGGCCUGUCUGCGAGACAAGACAUCUUGCUGUUCACUUUCAGCACGCUGAAGACUGUCGACGAUCAUAGCGGUUACAGAUUGUGGUGGGAUCCGUUGCAAAUGAUCUUUGCCAACAAUGCCGAUUACCAUGAUAUUCAUCAUCAGGGAUAUGGCAUCAAGUCAAAUUACAGUCAGCCCUUCUUCAUUCACUUCGAUGUGCUUCUCGGUACACGAAUGACGCGCGAAGACGCAGACCGCAAGGCUCGACCCAAGAAGAUCGAAUAAUGUGUACUUUUAACCAUACCUUUCGUUCUGUACUACACUACUAUCACUCUCCCUUGUGACCUUCCGUCAUCCGUUUAUAUCUUUGUUUGUCUAGAUUGGGGCUUCCAUUCGUUAUUGCGCUGGAUUAAUGCGGUGAUUUACCUGUAAUAACUCAUGUCAUUGCCCCGGUGGUGCUUUCCUUUCAUGUGUC